GCGGUGGCCGCGAGGCCCGCGCGCCCUCUGGCGGCCUGCGCCCUGGACGCUCGCUCUCUGGUCCCUUCACCGGUGGAGGGGUGUGUGGGGGGACGACAUGCGGCCCCUGAGUCGGGACGCCUGGGCCCAGCGCCUGGCGGCCUUCCGGGCCAGCCCCUCUGCCUAUAUGGCAGGUCCUCAGGGCGAGGAUUUGGGACGCGACCUGCUGAACGACCUGAGGAAUGACAAGCUGAGCGAGCAGACCAAGCUGUCCUUGCUGUCCCUCAGCUUGGAGUACUCAGCCCAGCUGUGGCCCGACGCCCAGACGGCCGAGGCGGCCGCCACCUCCCUGUUGGACACGCUGAUGCUCCUUCCGCCUCGGCCCUUGGCCCUGCGGAGGCCUCUGCUCCUGGCGGCCACUACAGCCCUGGCGGCAGGAGGUGCGCUGGGCCCGGCCUCAGGGGCCUCACUCCGGCUGCUGCCCCUGUUGCUCAGCCUGGCCUCCGGCUGCGACCUGGGCGGAAGCUUCUGCCCGGCCUUGGAACAGCGUUCCUUGCAGGCCACGGCGUGCGAGUGCCUGCGUGAGCUGGAGAGCUGCCGGCCAGGGCUGCUGCGGGACUCGCUGGGGCUGCUGCGGGGCCUGCUGGGCCGAGAGGGCCCCAUCCAGCCGCUCAGCCUGCUGCUGGCCCUUGCUCUGCGCCAUGUCCUGGCGCUGCCGCCGCAAGCUGGAACUUGGGCCGGCCUGCAGGGCCUGCUCACCGCUCCGGCAGCGGCUGCUGCUGCGGGUAGCUGUCCCUGGAACUGGACGCCAGUUGAAAACAGUGACUUCGCCCUGCAGCGCCAUGUGCCCAAUUGGCCCCCAGUGGCCGCGGAGGGUGCGCAGGGCCUGGAGCUCAGGCCUGAGGAGUCCCGGGAGCUGAGGGCUGCUGUGGCACAACUCCUGGACACGUCCUACCUGCUCUCUCCUGUGGCCCAGGCCCAGCUGCUGUGGCUGCUGGGCUGGGCCCUGCGAGGCCUGCGGGGACAGCUGCCGGCGCUCUUCAAGCCUCAGCUGGCGCGGCUCCUGGGCGCAGCGCCACCCGUUCUGCUGCAUGCAGUCCUGGCGCUCAAGGCGGCCUUUGGUGAGGCCCUGUUCACGGCCCAGGAUGAGGCCCUGCUGCUCCGCCGCCUCACCCUGGCCGCCCAGCACCCAGCCCUGCCCUUGCCCACCCACCUCUUCUACCUGCAGUGCCUCCUGAACUUUCCUGAAAAUUGGCCGCUGGGUCCCGAGGGUGAGGAGGCGGCCCCGCUACUGCUGGGACCCCGGCUGUGCCGCGGUCUGCUCCCCAGCCCACUGCAUGAACCCAUGGCCCUCCUGGCCCGCCUGCACCUGCUGUGUUUGCUGUGUGCAGAAGACCAGGACGAGGAGGAAGAGGGGGGCCAGGCACAGAGCCUUCGAUGCUACCUGCAAGAGCUGCUGGCUGGCCUGCAGCGGAGGGCAGCCCUGGAGGGUGGCCCCAGGGCCACAGCCACACUCUGCUUCCAGGCGUCAUAUGUGGCUGCCUGCUGCCUGGCUGGGCAGCCCGCCAUACUGACGCCCUUGGUCCAUGGUCUGGCCCAGCUGUAUCGAGCCCGGCCUGUGCUUGCACCCCACUUUGUGGACCUCCUGGACCAGGUGGGCCGGGAGCUGGGGGAGCCCCUGAAGGUGGCGCUGCAGCAGGAAGUGGUAUCGGCACCCGGCAGAGAUGCAGCGCUCGGCUGGCACCUGCAGAUGUUGGCAAAAGUGGUGGAUAGGGACUCCCAGGAUGCUACCCUGCGUUUCCUCUGGGCUGCAGCUGCCAACUGCCCAGACUGGCACCUGCAGCAGGCCCUGCUGAGGGUCUGCCGGGCUCUGCUAGGCACGGGCGGGGGUGGUGGCCUGGCCGACUUGCUGCAGGCACUAGCCAGGCAGCUGGAUGACCCUGAUGGGCGCGACCACGCCCGCCUCUACUACAUCCUCCUCUCCCACCUGGCGGGACCCAAGCUGGGGGCAGCCCUGGGCCCUUCUCUUGCCACACCGGCAGCGGCAGCGGCGGCGGCGGCUACUUCUUCCCUGGUGGCUGAGAAUCAGGGCUUCGCUGCCACCUUGAUGGUUCAGGAGGCUGCAGCUCCCGUGCGACUGAGCGUGGGGCCGCGGGUGACACAGGGGCAGCUCCCAGUGCUGAGGCUGCAGGUAGAGGCGCUGCAACCCGUGUAUUCUUUGGAGCUGCGCUUCCGUGUGGAGGGGCAGCUCUACGGACCCCUGAAGGUGGUCCAUGUGCCCUGUGUGCGCCCCAGCCACCCCACCAGCCUGCUGUUCCUGCCCCUGCAGCCCAAGCGGCCGGCCCCCGCACAGCUGGACGUCCGUGCCAUGUACACCACACCCAGUGGCCUCACGUGCCACGCCCACCUGCCACCCCUGCCUGUGACCUUUGCGGACCUCUUCCUGCCUUUUCCCCAGCCCCCAGUGGGGUCUGAGCGGGCCUUCUUCGAGGAGCUCUGGGAUGCCUGCCUGCCCAAGGGCGCCGAGAGCCGUGUGUGGUGUGCCCUGGGGCUGCAGGGACUGGACACUGUGGUGUCCCGGCACCUGGAGCCCUUCGUGGUGGUGGCCCAGCCCCCCAGCAGCUUCUGCGUGGCCAUCCGUCUGCCCCCAGACUCAUGCCUGUUGCUGCGGCUGGAGGCGCCGCAGUCAGACGGAGUACCUGUGGCCUUGCGUACCAACAACUGGGCCUUGCUGCCCCUGGCUGGGGAUUACGUACGUGGCCUCUCAGCUGCAGGCUGAGUGACCUGCAGGCCCAUGUCUGGGUGGGGCUGUGGACUGGCCCCGGGCUCUUUUUUCCCAUAAAGCAUGUGUGUGCCAGUGACCCUGAGGCAUCUGCUUACUUUAAGGCUGUGGUCUGGAACAUACCUGUCCACUGAGCCAGAAGGGUCUAGAAUAAGCCCCAGGAUCAC